AUGGGGUUAGCAGGCCUGGCUUGGCUGCAUAGGCUCUUCGCCGCCUACAAGCCCCCGGGGCUAAAGUGGAAGCAGCUGCGUGAUACUGUGGAGCUGCAGCUUUUGAAAGGUCUCAGUGCUGGGAAGCGUCCUGCCUCUGAACAUCGUGUUCGCUUCCUGCUGGGCCCCAUGGAAGGCAGUGAAGAGAAGCUGACCCUCACAGCCACCAGUGUGUCCACCCUCAUCGACCAUCCGCAGGUACGUGGACCAACAUUCACCAGCCUGAAGAUUGGCAUGGGGCACCGACUGGAUGCCCAGGCACCUGGGGUGCUUGUGCUCGGCGUGGGACGUGGACGAAGGCUCCUCACCGACAUGUACAAUGCUCACCUCACCAAGGAUUACACAGUACACGGCCUCCUGGGCAAAGCCACAGACGACUUCUGUGAGGACGGGCAGCUGGUGGAGAAAACGACAACAGCCAGUGCUGCGCUGGCACGACACAAGCAAGCACAGAUCUUUGAAGAGCACGCUGCUCAAGUCCAUGUAAGGAAUACGGUCCUUAGUCAAGGCAGCUCCUCCUCAUUCAGUAGCAGCCCUGAGAGUGAGGGGAAGACUUUGGAACCUCCCUCUGAUAGCCUUCUCCCAUGUCAGUUUGAGAAAAAGCGAAAAGGAAACAUGUUAAACAUUUCCGACAACAUUUCAGAAAGACAGUCUGAUUCAUGGUUUCCAGUGCCGAGGUUCAACAGGGCAGCGGCUGCAACUUGUCUGACGCAUGAGGGCCACCCGGAGGCCACUGGGUCCAGCCGUCUAGAGAGACAGGCUAUCGGCCUUCGCCAGGGCCCAAGCCUCUGA